UUAUAUACCGCGGCCUUUCCAUUUCAUCCCGGAGUCUCCUUCAUUGGAAGACUUCGCAGAUGGUCAAUUCCGCCGUAUGUGUCAUUUCUCAGAAUCACGCUGCGUAAUCCCCGUUAGAAGAUGAAGUAUUCCUCCGUACAUGUCCCCGCAAUGCGGAGGUUCACCAAUAUCGGCGGUGUCACAUCAGGGCCGUCGACAACGCCUACGUACGCCAGAGUCGCGGGACGGCAAAUAUCACCGAAUGGUUCGACAUAAUCUGGUUCGUAUGAUGCAAUUGAAGCUAACACUUCUUAAAAUUCCAGCACUACGAUACCAAUCCUCAGCCUCCUUUCGCUCCGACAUCCAAGUCCACCGCACCGUCCCCGACCUCCGGGCCUACCGCAAUCAAUUCUCUCGCUCCUCCCAGUCCGUUGGAUUGGUGCCCACUAUGGGCGCUCUCCACGAAGGCCACCUCUCCCUCGUCCGACUCGCUGCAGCGCAGAACCCCGCCGUCUUCGUUUCCAUCUACGUGAACCCGACUCAGUUCGGAGUGACUGAGGAUCUCUCCACAUACCCGGCGACGUGGGACUCGGAUAUGAAGAAAUUAGAGGCCGUGGAUCGAGAGCUGGCAUCGACACCGGGCUCGGGGAGGGUGGUCGCGGUGUUUGCGCCGACGACGGAGGUCAUGUAUCCGAGUGGGUUUCCGAGCCAAGAGAUCGGAGGUUCUGGGAGCUUUGUCACAAUCAGUCCGCUUGGAAGUGUUCUGGAAGGCGCCAGCCGGCCGGUGUUCUUCCGUGGAGUUGCAACGGUCUGUAUGAAGCUGUUUAACAUCGUGAAGGCCGAGAGGGUAUACUUCGGUCAGAAGGACGUGCAGCAGACCGUGGUGAUCCAGAGAAUGGUAAAGGACUUCCACGUUGACACCAAUGUGAUCAUUGGAGAUACACAAAGAGAGGUCGACGGCCUGGCCCUGUCGAGUCGGAAUAUCUAUCUGGGUUCGAGAAGGCGGAGUGUCGCCGUGGUCCUGAGCCAAGCACUAAUGAAGGCCGAGGAGCAAUUCCUCAAGGGCAAGCGGACUCGUGAUGAGUUGCUAGGUCCCGCUUGGGAGUUGUUGAAAGAACGACAUGCGGGGCAGGAUACCCUUCCAUCUGAGCAGCGAGCUCGAUUCGAAGCGGACUACAUCAGCCUUGCUGAUCCCGAGUCCCUGGAGGAAAUCGAUGCGGUGGAUGAUAGAGGCGCCAUUUUGAGUGGCGCCAUUAAGAUGAUGCCCCUUGAAGAUCCCGUAUCCGGCGAAGAUGCGGGGAUGGGCGGUGGAAUCGGGACGGUUCGGUUGAUUGAUAAUAUCAUACUGAGACCCACGUGAGAUGCGGAACGGGCUCAAUCUUCCAACCUGAAUGUGUCCUUGAGCUUCUUGUUUGCCCUAUCGGGGGCCCUGUUCUGUAGUCUAGAACCGUGCAGUUCGAACACAAGUGUCCUGCCUUCCACCUGUCCAUUGGAAUUGAUGGCAGGAUUGGAGGCGAGUGGAAGCUCCAUCCGGAGUAUUGUGAAUUCCUUCGGCACAACU